CCGGCUUCUGUAAUGGCGCUCGGCAUGACAGCCGGGUGCCCAGUGCGCAUGAGCGAGAAGCACUUGCGCUUUGUGAUUGGUCCGGCGGCUUCUGGGAUCUGUCAUGUGUCCCAGGUACCGCCUUACCAUUCACAAAAAGCACCGCUUCUUGCGCAUGCGCACUUGGCACCCGGCUGUCAUGCCCAGUGCCCACACUACAGAAGCCGGGAAGACAGCGCGCCGCUGGAUAGAGGAACAGGUAAGAUAAAAAAAAAACUCUGCGGAAGUAAGAGCGGGAACCUGUCAAAUUCAGGUACCCCUCCCCCUCCCCAAAGGUCAGCAGUCAUCUGUACUGUCCGCAGU